AUGGACACCAUAAGGGCUAAAGAGGGAUUCUCUAAUAGACAUAGAUACGAAUUGAGUUUUUUCACCUCACCAGAUGCAUGUCACUGUUAUGCUGUUAGCAUGUUCAAUGUCUUGGCAAUUUCCUUUUCUGCAGCCAUUGACACCAUAAGAGCUAAUGAAUCUCUCAGGGAAACUGAAGCUUUGGUUUCCAAUGGAAAUAGAUUCAAAUUGAGUGUGAUAUGUUUUGUCAGUGAUUCUCCUGGAACUCUGUAUCAAACACUAAUACUUUCAAAUUCAUCUGUUUUGCUAUACGUUUUAUUGAACUCUUCAGGGAGUGUAGAGCAGAUGGUGUGGUCUGAUGAGAAGAAACGAUGGGACGUAACAUGGUCAUCAACAAGUAACGAGUGUGAUAUGUAUGCUUAUGCAUAUCCUCCUGGAAUCGGAUGUCUGCAAUGGACUCAGAAGUAUACUUAUGGUGGUGAUGACUUGCACAUUCGGUUGACACAUUCAGAAAUAGCAGAAAAGAAGCAAUACCGCAAAGCAAUUAUUGUGACAGCAGUGGUUUUGGGGUUUAUACUUGUUGCCAUAUGUGUAUACUUUUUGUUGAAAUAUUUGUGUUACAGAGGAUAUUCUGUAGAAAGCACACUCAAACAUGAUGAGCAUGGUGUUAUACUUGAGGAGUUACCUACAUUUGGAUUUAUGAUACUCUCAAAUGCAACAGAAAAUUUUAACCCUGCGAAUAAGCUUGGACGAGGUGGCUUUGGUCUAGUCUACAAAGGGAAAUUGCCAAAUGGAGUAGAAAUUGCUGUGAAAAGGCUUGCAAGAUCCUCUAACCAAGGUGUCGAGGAGUUCAUGAAUGAGGUUCAGCUUGGAUACCUAUCUGUUUGUGGCUACAUGCCCCCGGAAUAUGCACUACGUGGAAUAUUCUCCGAAAAAUCAGAUGUGUAUGGCUUUGGGGUUCUAUUAUUAGAGAUUGUGAGUGGGAAGAAACACUCCAGUUUUUAUGAUCAACAGCUCUUCCUUACAGCUUAUGCAUGGAAAUUGUGGAAUGAUGGACAGAUUGUAUAUUUGGUGGAUCCUGCCAUAUAUGAUGCUGGAAUUGAAGAUGACAUGAUGAGAUAUGCAAACAUAGGCCUUUUGUGUGUUCAAGAAAUAGCAGCAGAUAGGCCUAACACGCUGACAGUGCUGUCGAUGCUUAGCUGUGAGAUCGUAGUGCUUCCUCACCCGAAGCAACCAGCGUUUCUUGCGAUGCAGAGCUCUCAAUCGACAGAGCCCUCUAGCAAGAGUAUAAGUAAAUGUUCUGCAUGGAAAUUGUGGAAUGAAGGAAAGAAAAUGAAUUUGAUGGAUGCAGACAUCUUUGAUAGUGGAAUGGAAGAUGAUAUUGUUCGAUACGCAAAUGUCAGUCUCUUGUGUGUGCAAGAUACUGCAGCAGACAGGCCUAACAACAUGUCUAGAGUGUUGCGAUGCUUAGCAGUGAGAUCGUGGAGCUUCCUCGACCAAAGCAGCCAGCGUUUCGUGGGGUGCAUAGUUCUCAAUCCACGGAGUCCUCUACCAAGAGGUCAAUUAAGGUUCUGUAAAUGA